GGCUGAUUCCGUCCCGGCCGCUUCCGCCCGGUGCGGGUUCAAGUGCUCAGGGAAGGGCGCGUUCCCCUGGCGGUUCAGACCGCUGGGGUUCGGCGGUAUAUCAGCCAGAGCCUUCCCCCCGCCUCCCCAGGUCAGAGCCGAGGUAGAUGCCAGUUUGCAAUGGGUCUUAAAACCAUCUGGAAGGACUACAAAGUUCUGAUUGUUAUGGGAAUUGGCCUCGGGCUGGCGCACUGGGGCUGGUUUGUCAUCAAGUCCAGUCCUAUUUUCCAAAUUAAGACAGAGGACUCCGUUCCAGAACCUGGGAUUGUGGCAUACGUGAUGCAAAAGAAUCACCAAAAUAAAGAAAAAUAGCAUUAGACCUGUGUGUUGUGGGUAUAACUAGCUUUGAAGUUUUUCGUCUGUGAAUGUUGCCAGAAGCAGAGAUGAAGAAAGCUAGAUGGAAUAGAAAGAACUUCCUGCUUGUGGCAGGACUGUCACUUAUAGGUGUCCAUUUUGGAAGCUUGCUUGUAAACUAUGUUGCAAAAAAGUCUGCUCAGUCACAUUCAGAAGCUAAAAAAGAAGUUCGGCAUGAAUGAAUUAGGUUACUGCUGUCAUUAUGUGUCAGUUUCACAGUAGGAAUUAAGUCUUAUUUUAAGAGAUGAUGAGCAGUCACAGGAACAUCAUUACUCUAUGUGCUGUUUACCAUUUAAAGUAAUAAUCCUUGGAUCCAAAGAAGUGAAAUUCACUACUUUAAAUUUUAAAAGUGCUGAGAAUUAUAUAUCCAAGUAAAAGUGAAAUCUGUUUUGUUGGCCAGAAUUAAAAUGUUACUUUGAAAAUGUCUCGUCUUGAAGCUGAAAAGCCUUCUUUAUUUAUUAGUGAGCCUUUAACUAAAGAUACAGUUAGUCAGUCACUGUCUCUGCUGAGUAGAAUAUUGAGAUCUUGCUAUGGUCCUGCUGGAAGGCUCAAGCAUCUCCACAACGGUGGGGGAGGCUACGUUUGUACAACUUCACAGUCUGCAGCCAUCCUCAGUCGUCUUCCUGUCAGCCAUCACGUGCUGAGGGUUUUGACAUCCUCUGUACAGAACCACGUAUCCCGCUUCAGUGAUUGUGGCCUGUUUACUGCCAUUCUUUGCUGUAGUUUGAUUGAAAACUUUAAAAGGCUGAACGUCGAGUCUUGCACUGUCGUUAAAAUAAGCAAACACCUUUUGAGUUUAUGUAUGGACUACCUCAGAUCUGAGGCCUGUGGUUGCCGAGUGUCGGUGGAUUUCAGCAGCGUCGAGACUCUUCUUUGCUUGGUACAGAGCAUAUUAACAAGCAAACCUGCUUGCAUGCUUAAUAAAGCAGAAGUUGAUCAUCUCAGUGUGCUGAUUUUAAAAGCUUUUAUGUUUACUGUUCCAUGUCAUGUUGAGAAUAAUGCUGUUCUAGGAAGGUGUGUCAUAGUGCCUGUGAAAGGUAAAAGAGUUGUGGAUUCUGCAGUUCUUCCUGGGCUACUGAUUGAAACACCAGAAAUUCAGUUGGCAAAACCACUUAUUCCCAAAAGAACCUGUUCAAAUGUGAUCAAGGUAGCAGUUUUCUCUGCGUCCAUGUCAGGAGAUGGCUUCAGUCCCGAAGAAGGAAUUACAAUAGUCCAUCGUGGAAUUUGUCUAGAAAUGUCAGAGCUGAAUCAGUUGCUUAAGGUAGGCAAGCAGCUGGUUAAUGAUGAGGUUGGACUCGUAGUGUGCCAGAAAGUUAUCCAUCCAGUCUUAAAACAGUAUCUGAAGGAGAACCGUGUCAUUGCUGUGGACAGAGCUGGGCUAUCUCUGAUGGAACCCCUGAGUCAGAUGACAGGUUCUAAGCCUAUAGCUUCUAUACAUGCAUUGUCUCCCAGUUGUUAUGGCACUUUGGAAGACGUGUGCAUUAAGAAUUUUGCAUCAAAACAUUUUGUGCAUCUAAUUCCUAAUGACACAGUUGUCUGCAGCUUGGUACUCUGCAACAGAAAUGAAACAGCAUGGGAUGAAUUGAAGCGUGCCUGUGAAACUGCAGAACAUGUGUUACAGUUAACAAUCAAGGAACCUUUGGCAUUGUUGGGAGGUGGCUGUACAGAAACUCAUUUGGCUUCUUACAUAAGACACAAGAGUGGUACCCUUUCCACCAUCAGUCUUAAAGAUCUGGAUUGUUCUCAAACACAAUACCAAUUAGUUGCUGAUGGGUUUUGCCAUUCCCUGGAGUCUGUAGCUUGCUCUCUGAAUCACGAUGGUGGAGAAAUUCUUACAGACAUGGUUUAUGGACACUGUUGGUUUGUUCCAUCCGGUUUUUCUUCUGCCUCUGAUUGGUCAGAUUUAGUUUCAAAAUGUGGCUGUGGGAUGAAUAGUAACACUAAGAAUCUUAGCUGGAGGCUUUUGCGAGGCCAAUCUGUCUCUCCUGUUACACAGAGCUGUCCUGAAGAGCUCUCAGUAAAGGUUGCUGACUCACUGGUUUUGGACUCCUUUGCUGCAAAGUGUAGUGGCCUACAAGUAGCUCUGGAGACAGCCAAUCUGAUUUUAGAUCUCUAUUGUGUAAUUGAAGAUCAAAAUUAGUUCUAAUCUCACAUGAAUAUUGUUGCACAGAAAGAUAUUUAAUUCAAAGCAGGAUAAUAUAUAAUGUUUUAAGAUACUUUACAUGGUUAUAAUAUGGAAAAUAGAAGUUUUAAGUGAUUGGCCAUGAAGUACUCUUCUGAUUGUUGAUCUACUGGGCCCUCAGUGCUUUUCAGAUGUGUAACAUUUUGUUAAAUGAAUAGCCAAAUACACAAUGAAUCCUAGUGAAGUGUGAUUUACAACUAUUCAAACUAGUGCGUUCAAAAGAGGGAAUGACCGUUCAAAACUUGAGUUUCUUGUAUUCUUUCUUGGAGAUUUGAAAGUUCUUCAAUAAAUAAGUGCUGAAUUUAAGGAACACUUGGUGAUGUUUCCUCUGCAUUGAGCAAAGAUUUGCUGUUUCUGUUGGCUCUGUGGCAUCUUCAAAGGGAAGGAGAAAAUAGAUUCACUUGCUAAGAAAACACAUGUUAAGGAUUAGAAUUUAUGUAGUCUCAACAAAAGCUUUACACAUUCAAACAGACUUUCAUAUUGCAACAGAAGUUUAUCAGUGACAUUUUUUAUUAUACAGGUAUAGAAGAAGGCUUUCCUUGGCAAAUAUCUUAAUUUGCUUGUUUUCAAAUUCAUAAGAUCUUAUCACCGUAUACAGUAUGCUUUCUGUUUUCUAGAUGAAUGGAUUAUUUUAAUUCCUGUGUAAUUUAUUUGGCAAAUUAUUGAAUCUCAACUUGGAGAUCUAAAGGCAGCUGGUAGGCGUUAGAAUAUUUAAAAAAAAAUUUUAGACUAUGUGGAACAAACUUAACCAAAGUGCACCUUGUCUUCUGUGGAACACAGGAUACUUUAUAAAUAAUGUUUCUAUCACUUAAGCAAAGGUGCAAGAAAGAAUAUCUCACUCAGCAUUCAAUUAACUCUUUGUGCAUAGCUUCUUUUAACAAAGUAAGGCUUUAAGCUGC